CGAGGAAUGCUCAUUACAAGAGCUUCUCGUGGAGCUCUCAUCAAUCACCAAAAUACCGGAAGCUGUGUUGGCGGACGACAAGAAGGGCAAACAUUUGCCAGUGAGCGACACAAUUGCCUGCUUGGUAUUUUAGACGUUUCAAUGCCAGUCGUAUAUGGCGAAGGCUCCAAGGCUUCACUCAGGCUGAGAAAGGAGAUCUUUGAAAAGCAACGCCCGCCUUCUUCGGCGCAGCAGCCUCCUCAUCCUUCGACCGAGAGCAAUAUUGAGUCGGAGCACGAGAUAUUGGCAAGAGUACGAAGAAAUGCUGCGGGAGUUCGAUGACUGUGGCAGUAUAGCUACAUCUAUAUCGCCGGAAAGCAAAGCACUACGAUCGUACCUCUCAAGAGGGCUCGCAACGCCCGGUUUUAUGCUCGCGAGCAGGAGCUCUCAGAAGUUGGAAGCAGUCUUGGGGACGCUGUUGACUCAUCCUUCUGUUUGCAAUCGUGUGUUUGUUUUGGCGAUGGAGGCAUCGGAAAGACCGAGACUGCGUUGGAGUACGCCUAUCGCUACCAGCAUAAGUAUGAUGCCGUAUACUAGGUCCGGGCGACGAGGGCCGACUAGCUAGAAGCUGACUACCAAAAUAUCGGGAUUGGCUUGGGCCUGACCACUGGCGAUGGCAGAUGUGAGACCUAUGUUGAGGCGGUUCUGAAUUUUCUGCAAGGCAUUAUGCACGUGAUAGCCUACACACACACUUCAAGUUCUAAUACUG